GGAAAACGAGACUCACUCAGCCUGCUGGCCUUGAAGCUGAGCCAUGGCGGCUCUCAGCGCCAGGAAGAGGCUCGAGGAGGAGGCGACUUGCUCCGUCUGCCUGGACUUCUUCACCGAUCCCGUGACUCUGGACUGUGGGCACAAUUUCUGCAAAGCCUGCAUCGUCAAGUGCUUUGGGGAGAAGCCUAUAAAGACCACCUGCCCUCAGUGCAGAGAGAGAGUUCAGCCGAACUGGAAGAUGAACCGGCAGCUGGCCAAUUUUGUUGAGAUAACCAAAGAGCUGAGUAAUCAGGCAAAGCAGGCAGCAAGAGUGGAGAGAGUCUGCGAGAGGCACCAGGAGCCCCUGAAGCUCUUCUGCAAGGACGACGAAGCCCCCCUCUGCGUGGUGUGCCACUUAUCCAAGGAGCACCGAGCUCACAACGUGGUUCCUGUGGAGGAGGUUGCCCAGGAGUACAAGUUUUCUCUUCAGGAUCAGAUCUGUACCUGUCUGGAGAGGUUGAGGAAGGAGAGAGAAGACAUUCUCACCUAUAAAGCAGACACAGAGAAGGAAAGCCAAGGCCUCCUUAAGCAAACAGAAGCUGAGAAGCAGAAGAUGGUGGCUGAAUUCAGACAGCUACACCAGCUUCUGGAAGAAGAAGAGAAACACCUGCUGGUUAAGAUAGAAGAGGUGGAGAAGGAGAUUGCAAGUAAAAUGGACGAACAGAUGGCUGAACUGUCGAAGGAGCUCUCCUCCCUUGAAAAUGUUAUCCAGGAGAUGGAGGAAAAAUGUCAGCAGUCAGCGAGUGAACUUCUGCAGGAUGUUAGAAGCACCUUGCAGAGGUGUAAGAAGGAAAUGGUGUUUGAGAAUCCCGUGACUUUUCCUCCUGCUCUGAUGUGGAGAAUCUGGGACCUGUGUGAUAUAAAUCCCUUCCUGAGGGAUGUCAUGAGGCAAUUCAGAGUCACUCUGGGAUCUGGAUUUCAGCCACAGAAAGCCAACGUCACUCUGGAUCCAGACACUGUUCAUCCCCGACUCAUCCUGACUGAGGAUCAUAAAAGUGUGAGAUGGGAAGAGAAAUGGCAAGAUCUGCCCAAUAAUCCUGAGAGAUUCAGUGACUCAAUUGUGUUGGGACGUGAGGGAUUCACAGCAGGGAGACAUUGCUGGGAAGUCAGUCUGGGAAGUGAGGGAGAAUGGGCUGUAGGCGUUGCCAGAAAGUCUGUGAAGAGAAAGGACACGUUCAAAUUGGGUCCUAAGGGGGGGAUCUGGGUUGUGUCGAAGUGGUAUGGUGGGUAUUGGGCACUUGAUUACCCUGCUCACGUUCCUCUGCACCUGAGUGGAGAGCCUAAGAGGAUCCGAGUGACUCUAAACUUUGCUGAAGGGCAGGUGUCCUUUUUUGAUGCCGACUCAGCAGCCCCAAUCUACACCUUCUCGAAAGCCUCCUUCUCAGGACAGACCCUUCUCCCUUUCUUUUUUGUGACUGGAAAAGGCUCCCUGACCCUCUCCCCAUGAAGCAGCCGAAGAGUGGAGACCGAUGUGUUUUAAACUACAACACCUGCAACACUUGUACAGCUUUUGCUGAAGAUAAGAGUUGGUUGGGGGGGGUAACCAUUUGAGGAGAAGCUGGCUUUAAACAUCUGUGAUUGGUUCAUCCUUGCAUCAGUCAAAGCUAUUUUCAAAGUGAAGAUGUAAAAAAAAGGAGUGGGGGUAAAGCCCUCUUUUAUUAGGCAACUGUUCCAGCUGCUGGGAGUUGUAGAAGCAGAUAAUCUGUCCCCCCUCCAUGUUUCAUCUUUCACUCCAGAGCCAGGUGCAGGCAGAGAGGUGGAGCUGAAGGGCUCAGAGGUUACCCUGCAGGGAAAUCCCCCUACAUCCACUCCUGUUUCUGUGUACCUCUUUCUCCAAUCUUCCCUAAGGCAGCCAGAUCUACGCUACGGGUCCUAGUAUUAUUCUCCAGAGUGAUAGCGGGUGGUGGUUGGACACAAAUAUUUAUUUGUCUAGAACUCUUUUUGCAUCUCUGCAGUGACCACCACAGUCACCAAAAUUAACUCAGAGACAGUAUCACAGUUACAGUCAUAAAUAUCAUAUCUAUUCUCAACAAAGGCAGAAAAAAGGUGUCCUGCUGGUCUCCAGGAGCCCAGCCUCGAAGGCCCUGAACCCUGAACUUAGUUUCCAUUUUGUCUCCUACCCCAAGACCUCCACCAGCUGUGGGUAUGGAGGCAUUAAAAUCCAUUUUUUCUACUUUGGGAAACUGUUAUGACAUUCUAGGCACAACCUAUCUGUUCAUAAAAGCCAAUUUACAUAGGAACAUAGGAAGUUGCCACAUAGUCAGACCACUGGUCCAUCUAGCUCAGUAUUGUCUUCACAGGCUGGCAGCGGCUUCUCCAAGGUUGCAGGCAGGAAUCUCUCUCAGCCAUAUCUUGGAGAAGCCAGGGAAGGAACUUGAAACCUAGAUGCUCUUCCCAGAGCGGCUUCAUCCCCUAAGGGGAAUAUCUUACAAUGCUCACAUUUCUAGUCUCCCUUUCAUAUGCAACCAGGGCAGACCCUGCUUAGCUAAGGGGACAAGUCAUGCUUGCUACCACAAAACCAGCUCUCCUCUCCUUUCCCAUGUUCCUAUGUUGCUAGGCACAAUCUAUCUUUUCUUAAAAGCCACUUAAAAGCCCAUCAGCAGUUCAGAUGCCACACAGAAUCACAAUUAACCUGCUUCCUUGAGCCUCAAAAGUGUGAGAGACUCCCCAGAAUUCCAGCAUCAUUAAAUUUUAAAGGAACUUUGAUGAUCUUCUAGUGCAGACCCCUGCUCAGUGCAGGAAAUUCUUAUUGUAUCCCUGAAAGACGGCAGUCAUAAGAACAGCCCUGCUGGAUCAGGCCCAAGGAGGCCCAUCUAGUCCAGCAUCCGGUUUCAUACAGUGGCCCACCAGAUGCCGCUGGAAGCCCACAGGCAGGAAUUGAAAGGGGCAUGCCCUCUCUCCUGCUGUUACUCCCCGUCUGGUAUUCAGAGGCAUCCUGUCUUUGAGGCUGGAGGUGGCCCACAACCCUCCGACUAGUAGCCAUUUAUAGACCUCUCCUCCAUGAAGUUAUUUGCUGCUGAACUACAGCUCCCAGAAACUGCAGCUGAGGAUGAUGGGAGUUACAGUUCAGCAACAUCUGGAGUACCACCAAUUGGGCACCCCUGUUUUGGUCCAACCACCUGCUCCGUGCUCCGUACACUGAAUGGCCAUUUUCAAGACGUUAGAGAGGGGUAUAGGUGCAUCCAUCUCUCCACACACAGACCCCAGCAUGUCAUCCCAAUACUCAGGGAUGAUGGGAGUUGUAGUCCAACAACAGCUGGGUGGUUUCCAGACUGUGAGCUCUACAGCAGCUGGAUGUGGUGUAAAAUGUUUCAGCUUGGCAGGAUUGUAUUCAAAAUGUAAAUAAAGGGUGGGAGCCAUUUGCUGAGAGAACCCACACACAGCUGGACAAAGAGAAACAUAAUCACAGAAAUAAAAAAAGAAAUAUAAUCCCAAUGUUAACGGAGGAAAUAAAAAGGAAAUUGCACUGAUGCACAGGAGCACCCCGGGGGGGGGGGGCGGAGAGGAUCAUUUCAAAAGCUGAGAGGAGAUUAAGUUAUUGAAAUGUCAAAUUGCUGAAUGAACCUUCCACAUUACACCGUGGAAAGAGUGGCACAGCCCUCCUAAAACGGGAAAAUACAGCUUAUUUUUUGGAACGCACAUGCAACGUUGUAGUGCUAAAACAUAAAGAUAAAACCCUGAAGAAUGCUUCCAAUGUGCGAAUGGCACCUUGCUGUCAUUGCACGCAUGACGGUGUCAAAACACAGUACGGAUGCAUAGCGAAACAAUUAAAAUGUGUAAUCUGGAAAGUGCCCUGGAGGGCCAAAGUUGUGCAGUCCUGAUCUAAUUCCACAGGGGGGCAGUUUGGAGGAACAUGUAGUUUAAAUACUCCCUCAAAGCAGUGUUGGAAGCAAGUGUUGAGAGGCUCUGUACAAAGCAAAGCGAUAGUACGCCAGCUGUGAUGAUACAAUAACGGCUGAUCUUCCUAUAUCGCUGCUGCCCAGUAUAGGUGUUUCCCAAAGUCUGGGAAACAUUCCAGUGGGGAUUCGAACCAGCAACCUCUGGCUUGCUAGUCAAGUCAUUUCCCUGAUGCACCAUUAGAUGAUACAAUAGCAUGUCAGAUUUAGGGGCAGAGAUAUGCAGCAAACCAGCCCACAAACAGUCCUCUUCAACUCCUUGCUUAAAGAGCCAGUGAUAGGUUAACUUUUAUAAUAUAUUUUGGGGUCCCAAGUAUAGCCCUAUGUGAAGGGCUGACUAAUCACAUCAUGCCCUUAUAACCAGAAAUUGUGAGGCAGUAAAUACUGCCUCUCAAUUUAGGUGGGCUUAUAGCAGUGGUAGCUGCUGCCUCUUGGGCUGUGGGGGGCAAAGAGGAGUGAAGGGAGCCAUUGCAACCAUUGAUUGAUCGAUAGAUUGAUUAAGUGCCGUUGUCAAGUCAGUUUCAGCUCUUAGCGACCACAUAGAUAGAUUUUUUCCAGGAUUAUCUGUCUUCAACUUGGCCUUUUAGGUCUCUCAGUGGUGCAUUCAUUGCUGUCGUAAUCGAGUCCAUCCACCUUGCUGCUGGUCGUCCUCUUCUUCUCUUUCCUCCAACUUUCCCCAGCAUUAUGGACUUUUCAAGGGAGCUGGGUCUUUGCAUAAUGUGUCCAAAGUAUGAUAGUUUGAGCCUGGUCAUUUGUGCCUUGAGUGGCAAUUCUGGAUUGAUUUGUUCUAUGAUCCAUUUAUUUGUUUUCCUGGCUGUCCAUGGUAUUCUCAAAAGUCUUCUCCAGCACCAGAAUUCAAAAGCGUCAAUGCCUUUUCUAUCUUGCUUCUUCAAGGUCCAGCUUUCGCAUCCAUAGAGUUUCAGGGUAAAAACCAUUGUCCGAAUGAUUCUAAUCUUUGUAGGGACAGACACGUCAUGGCAUCUAAAUAUCCUUUCCAAGGCCUUCAUUGCAACCCUACCAAGUGAUAGUCUGUGGUGUAUUUCUUGACUGCUGGAUCCUUUACUGUUGAUGGUCGAUCCUAAAAGGCAGAAGCUAUCCACCACUUCAGUGUCUUCAUUAUCAAUUCUGAGGCUGGUUGCUGUACCCAUUGUCGUUAGCCAUUGUCAUAACCCCUGCUAACUUAGCAAAGAGGCACCUUUUAAGAGUAACUGGCCCUAUCCAUCCCCAGCACAGUACCUCCAGUGACUGUUGCUGGUGUCUGUCUUAUGUUUCUUUUUAGACUGUGAGCCCUUUGGGGACAGGGAUCCAUCUUAUUUAUUUGUUAGUUCUCUGUGUAAACUGCCCUGAGCCAUUUUUGGAAGGGCGAUAUAGAAAUUGAAUAAAUAAAUAGAAUAAAUAAAUUAGGUUAGCUGUAGUCCCAUUUUUUCACUGUGCUUUUUGACUUUCAUUACUAGAGCUUGUAACCAUAGGUGGAAUUAAUAGUAGGCAGGUCCAACCCUAAAUUAGAAAGAACCAGCCCAUGGUUUUCUCCACCUGUACUUUUCUUGUCUCAGCCAAAGUCUCCCUCAUUCACAUCAGAACUUGGAGGCUGGCUAUUUGGGUCUGAUUUAGUGCUAAAUCAUCCCUUGGUUGGCUGUGAGUCAAGGAAUCCUGCCCUUAGAGUGGUUCAUGGUGGGUGCAGAGGCAUAUCUAGGGAAAAUAGUGCCUAGGGCAAGCACUGAAAUUGCGCCCCCUGUCCAAACAUCUGACACUUAUCUGAUUCUCUGUACAUAGUGCCAAACUGAAUAUGUGUACAGUGACUUAUAUUAUAUUAAUUUAAAAAAAACAACCUGUAGCCCCUUCGGGGGGCUUCCUAAAGGCUGUGGGGGGGGGGUCUGCAAAGGUUUCCCCUCUCCUCUCUGGCCUCUAGGGCCUCGCAGGGAACAUUUCAG